GAGAGACGCGGAGGAGGAGACAUGAGCCGGCGGGCGCCCAGACGGAGCGGCCGUGACGCGUUCGUGCAGCAGCCGCGCGCUCCAGCCCUGGAGCGCUGACCCCUGGCCCCGCGCAGCCCCGCGCCCCGGCCAGAGAGCGCACCCUGCUUCCAGCCCCGCCACGCAUGCUGUCCCCGGAGUGAACCGGACAGCCAGUUUCCCGUGGACGCCCGGACGGCCGGCCGGCCGGCAGUGAGCAAGCUUCCCCGCACCGGCUGGGCGCCUCCUGCAUAGCGGCGGCCGCCCCGCAGCCCCCGCGCCAGCCCGGAGGGCGCAGCGCUCGGGAGGAGCCGCGCGGGGCGCUGAUGCCGCAGGGCGCGCCGCGGAGCGCCCCGGAGCAGCAGAGUCUGCAGCAGCAGCAACCGGCGAGGAGGGAGCAGCAGCAGCGGCGGCGGCGGCGGCGGCGCCGGCGGAGGCGCCCGGUCCCGGCCGCGCGGAGCGGACAUGUGCAGGCUGGGCUAGGAGCCGCCGCCUCCUCCCCGCCCAGCGAUGUAUUCAGCGCCCUCCGCCUGCACUUGCCUGUGUUUACACUUCCUGCUGCUGUGCUUCCAGGUACAGGUGCUGGCGGCCGAGGAGAACGUGGACUUCCGGAUCCACGUGGAGAACCAGACGCGGGCUCGGGACGAUGUGAGCCGUAAGCAGCUGCGGCUGUACCAGCUCUACAGCCGGACCAGCGGGAAGCACAUCCAGGUCCUGGGCCGCAGGAUCAGCGCCCGUGGCGAGGACGGGGACAAGUAUGCCCAGCUCCUAGUGGAGACAGAUACCUUCGGCAGUCAAGUCCGGAUCAAGGGCAAGGAGACGGAGUUCUACCUGUGCAUGAACCGGAAAGGCAAGCUGGUGGGGAAGCCCGACGGCACCAGUAAGGAGUGCGUGUUCAUCGAGAAGGUCCUGGAGAACAACUACACGGCCCUGAUGUCGGCCAAGUACUCCGGCUGGUAUGUGGGCUUCACCAAGAAGGGGCGGCCGCGGAAGGGCCCCAAGACCCGGGAGAACCAGCAGGACGUGCACUUCAUGAAGCGCUACCCCAAGGGGCAGGCGGAGCUGCAGAAGCCCUUCAAGUACACCACGGUGACCAAGCGGUCCCGGCGCAUCCGCCCCACGCACCCCGGCUAGAGGCACAGCGGACUGCACCAGAGGAAUAUUUUUACAUGAAAAAGAAGGAAGAAGCUCUAUUUUUGUACAUUGUGUUUCAAAGAAGACAAAAACUGAACCAAAACUCUUGUGGUGGUGGGGGAGGAAGGGGGGACGAUAAGGAUUGUUGACUUGAACCCCCCCGCCCCCCCCAUCCCCACCCCCCGCCGAUGACAAAGACUCACGUCACGCAAAGGGACUGUUGUCAGCGCACAGGUGCUUGUCUCUCUCAGAACAGACAACUCUAAACGCGUCCCCGGAGGAGGACUUGAAUGAGGAAAACGACACUCUGAGAAACCAAAGUCCUUUUUCCCAAAGGCUCUGAAAGCAAAAGAAAAAAAAGCAAAAAAAAAAAAA